AGUAUUUGAUUUGAGUGGACUUCCCCGCGAAAUCCCCACGCAUUCAACUUUUUUCAGACAAAAUCACGCUUGUAUAUAUUUGCCUUGUGUGUGCUUUACCUAAUAUCGUUCUUUCUAGUCUUUUUCCUUCCACUAGAAUUAAACAUAAUUAACCCUAUUUUAUAUAUGGCUGACCCUAAUAUCCACAACCACACUGGUCUGCCUCAAAUAAACCAAACUCACCCACCUUUUGACCCUACUUCUCCUCCUAAACCUAACCCACUUGACCCAUUUGUUUCCUGGUCUAACUCUACAAACCCAGGUCAAAACCCACCUAAGUCGUCUAUGGCUACCACUUCUGCUACUACUAAACGACACCCGAUAUAUCGGGGAAUUCGUAGCCGGAGCGGAAAAUGGGUGUCUGAAAUCCGGGAGCCACGCAAAACCACCCGUAUUUGGCUUGGUACCUACCAAACACCAGAAAUGGCUGCCGCGGCCUAUGAUGUGGCUGCGCUAGCCCUAAAAGGUGGAGAUGCAGUACUGAAUUUCCCUAAUUCUGUUGGGUCUUAUCCUGUCCCCGCUUCAUCGUCGCCGACUGAUAUACGUAAUGCAGCUGCGGCUGCUGCGGCUUUUAAAAAUGCGGAAAUGAACCAACGUCCGUUAAUUUUGCAGGCAAGAAGUGAUCAUGAACUAAGUGCUAAUUUUACUGCGAGUGAUCAAGAAUUUGUUGAUGAAGAGGCACUUUUCGAUAUGCCCAAUUUGCUGGUGGAUAUGGCAGAAGGAAUGCUGCUUUCGCCGCCCAGAAUAACCUCCUCCGAUGACUCCCUGGGCACGUCCGACGGAGAAAGUCUCUGGAGUUAUUUCUAAUAAUUAAUUUAAAUUAACAUGAAUGAUAAUAUGAAGUCAACCUUAAAGAAUGAUACAAGAGGACAUAUAUGUGGCUGCAUUAUCUAUUGACCUGGUUUUUUUGUGCACCAUUUGUCUCUCUUUUCUUUCUUUUAAGUAUGAAAAUUAAGAUUGAAUCACUGAACAGUAAUUCCCAAAACGUAAAUGUUUUCGAAAUUGAGAAUAGUGAUGGUGGGAGACUUUAAGGUUUGUGAUUUCUUUAUUAUUAUGGGAAUCUGUGACUGUGCAUGUUGCUGUAGUAUACAAUUUUUGGCUUGUUUAAUAUUAAUUUUUUAUUUUUUGAGAUAAUGCGAUAAUGGU